AAAGGUUCCGCGAAAAUGGCACUAAAGAUACAAUUUCUACUCUUAGCCGCGUUUGUGUUUGUCGCUUUGGCCAGCACCAGCGUCAGGGCAGCCACUACGGAAGCUUCAGACUAUGACUCGUCUGCAGAUGACAGUACCGAUGAUUCAGCAUACGCUGAUGAUGAAUCUACCGAAGCUGAUAGUGCUGCAGCUACCACUAAAGCAGCAACUGUAAGCGGUAGCACUGAAUCUUCAGUGGAUGAGUCUACGGAGGACUAUGCAUCCGAUGAUGAUGACAGCAGUACAGAUGCUGACGAAUCCACAGGACAAGCUGCUACCGCAUCACCUGUUAGAAGACGUAGGCGGAGCACCACAAAAGCUGGCGCUAAUAGACGUAGAAGAAACGCAAAUGCUCAAAGGAAGAGAGCUGCCGCAGCCAAAAGAAAUGCCAGAAAGGCCGCAGUCAGGACACCAGCAAAGAGAGCAGCAGCUAGAAGACAAGCAGCAGUCAGAAGGCCAGCAGCAGUUCGAAGACAAGCAGCAGCAGCUAAAAGAAGGCGGGCUAACAGAAGAGGUUAAGUGGUGAAGGUCUGAAAUUAGUUCCCUUUUUAAAAUAUAUUAAAAUGCCAAACGGGCUAAACAAAUAUUUUAUAAAAAAAUAAAAAUUAUUAAAAAAUAA